GGAGACAUGAUUCAAACAUUCACACUCCGGUUUUCUUCAGUAUUCCUAAAGCUGACCAGCUCCAUCACUCCAGAGGGGAAAUCGCUUUCGGUCUGUUUGUAUUUCCCAUAUUCCUUGCCCAUAUUAUUCAGGGCUGAUGGGGACUCUCAGAGAUCUCCAGUUCGCACUUCAGCUGAAGAUUGAGGAGUUACGGCAGAGAGAUGCUCUUAUCGACGAACUGGAGCUGGAGCUGGACGCUAAAGAUGAUCUGAUCCGCCGCCUGCAGGGGGAGCUCGACCGACUGCGGCUCUCCGCUCCUGGUGCCUCGGCAGCUGGUCAACAACGUGCUUCUUCCCUGAGAGUGAGGAGAAAAGCGCUGCUAACAGAACCAGUUACCUUGGAGCCGAAACUAGUCUUACAAAACCCACCAAUCAGCCACAGCAAGAGUCAAGAGUCACAGCAGCUGAUAGAAUCGGCUCUGGCAGAAAAUGAGUGUAUGAAAUAUCGAGACAGGGAUCAGAUGCGGUGUUUGGCGGAUUCUGCCUAUCCCCUGACACUCAAACAGGGUGUGAGUGUUGUCCAGGAAGGGGAUAAUGGGACCCAGGCAUAUAUAGUUGAAGAGGGAAAACUGGAGGCAUCCAGGGCUUGCCAGAGGCUGCACAUCAUUGAGCCGGGGAUGAUGUUUGAAGAACUGGCCCUCAUUCAUAACCACACCUGCUCCACUACUGUCACAGCUCUGGUGAACAGCAGGCUAUGGGUGAUGGAGGGUCAGGUGUUUCAGAGGAUCAUGCAGAGGAACGGCCUCAUCGCUAUUACACAGUCUCUGCACUUCCUGCGCAGUGUGGCACUGCUCUGUGUGUUUCCAGAGGAUGUUCUCGUGAAAGUGUCUGAUUCACUGGAGGAGUCUCACUACAGUGAUGGUGAUUAUAUAAUUCGAAAUGGAAAUCCAGGAGACAAACUGUACAUUCUGAGUCAAGGCCAGGUGAAAGUAUUAGAGAAGCACUCGGCCAAUGAGGAGAGUGUGAUGGUGUCCGUCCUCACCAGAGGAGAUUGUUUUGGAGAGAGAGGAGACGACGUGAGGUCGAUGAGCGCUCUUGCCGCAGGCGAUGUGACAUGUCUGGUCAUAGACAGAGAGGUUUUCAAAAAAGUAACUGGAGGCUUGGACGAUGCCAGAAAAAAUCCUAGCAACAAGGCCAGAUUGAAGGCAGAUGAAGAUGGGUCUGCGUUUGGUGAAACGUCUCUCCGCAGUUUUCAGGUGCUGUGUAAUCUUGGAGAAGGACAGUAUGGUCCCACUCAGCUCGUCCAUUUGAAGAGCAACUCCAACUGUAAGUUUGCAUUGAAGACCAUUAGAAAACAGGCGAUACAGAGCCCAGGCCAAAGAGAGAGGAUACUCGCAGAGAAACACAUCUUGAUGGAUCUCCAAAGUCCAUUUAUAGUAAGGUUGCACUGUACGUAUAAAGAUGCCCGGUGCCUGUAUAUGCUGAUGGAGGCUUGUGAAGGUGGAGAUCUGUGGAAUCUGCUGAGAGAGAGGGGGUCACUGGAAGAAGACACUGUUCGCUUCUACGCAGCGUGUGUGCUGGAAGCUCUUAGUGUACUACACGCCAAAGACAUUGUUCACAGAGACCUGAAACCUGAAAAUGUGCUCCUGGACCAGCGAGGAUAUGCUAAACUGACAGGGUUUGGUUGUGCUAAGAAGCUGGGCUCUUUGCACAGAGCCUGGUCGUUCUGUGGAUCUGUGGGUUAUCAGCCUCCAGAGGUCAUUCUGCAUCAAGGUCACGGUCUGUCCGCAGAUCUCUGGGCUCUAGGAAUGUUGCUGUAUGAAUUGCUCAAUGGCAGUGCCAACCCAUGCCGACCGAAAGUGAGUGCCUGUGUUGUAGCGAGUGGGACCAGGUCUUGCCAUCGACGGCAAGGGUUGAUCUACCUGACGAGGAAGUGGCAUGUGUCGCAACAUCCGAGGACUUCUUAGUAAUGCUGCAUCCUGCAGUGGUCGAUUUUUUUUUUUUUUUCCGGUUCACAAAAUAAACUGGAAAAAAUAUCCCAUGCCGAGUGGACCUGACGGCCAGCUGUCGCUAGAGUAAGUGAUUCCUGCAAUCAUUACAAUGCAUGACUCAAAAGAUUUAGAAUGCAUACUGUCAGCAUGCAUUUUCAAGCUUAUAUUCAUGAUGUGCUAUCUUCUCAGUCAAUACAGGUUGGUGUCAUACCGCAUUAUUAUGGAGUGGGCCCUGAAGAGAGAGACUUUGGGCAGAGGCAACCGAAAACCAUUGCCAUCGUGUGUCGUUGAUGCUAUUCGCCGAAGAUAUUCAUCAUAGUCAGGAGUUUAUGUAGGAUUUCAAGAAGCAGAAUAUGCAAUAAAUAUACUGUAGGGACUGUGACUAGGCCUACUUUCCAAGGUUUUAUGGCUUCUUACUGUCCAAAAAAUACAUUUUUGCACUCCGGUGGACUAUAAAGAUUAUAUUCUGUUUUAUAUUGCACAAGCUGUGAGUGUAAAACAUUUGGGUUCAGGUGCUUGUGAGUGUUAUGUUAUCAGUAUCAUUAGUCUGUUUAGACAUUUUCUCAUCUGCCUGUGAGACUUUCAGGCUUUUUCCAUACUAGUAACUUCACCCUCCCCCUACUCACCAGUCAGUGGGGGGAGGGUGAAGUAACUAGUUUUGGAAGGCCUCUUGCAAUAUGUCU